AAACACAGAUAAAUGGCGGGUGUUUUCACAAUCUCCAGUCCCAUCAGUUCAGGUUUUAGUGAUUGACUGCUUAUUAGAGGACAGAACUCAAAAGUGAUGGAUCGUGAUGCUGAAUGGGCAAGUGAAACUGAGCAAGAAGAGGAAGACUGGAUGGACACUAAAUGGAAUGACCCCGUUGUUUCAUACACAUGCAAGGCUGGCGAAAAUAGCGCUGACAGACCGUGUGAAAAAGCACAGUCAAGUGAUGCAGUGAAGUCGUGCGUUGCAGUACAGUCACGUGAUAAAGCACAGCUGAUGACCGGCAUACAGCUGAACGACAACAAGGCUGGAAUGGAAGGACUCGACAAAGAGAAAAUAAACAAAAUUAUCUUUGAUGCUUCCAAAGGUUCCAAGUAUUUUGAAAAUGAGAGAAAGAAAGAAGAACAGUUGAGCAGACGGAUUAAAGAACAGAGCGAGAGGAUGAAGCGCAUCACAGACUCCGCGAUUCAGCAGGCAGCAGUGGAGGCCGACAAAUUGUUGGAGGAGUUGGAGAGCAGUAGAAAGCUUGAUCGUGUUAUAGUGCAUGUUGACAUGGACGCGUACUAUGCAGCUGUUGAAAUGAGAGACAACCCAUCUCUCCGAGACAAGCCUAUCGCAGUGGGAGGUAACUCAAUGCUGUCUACUUCCAACUACCAUGCCAGAAGGUUUGGUGUGAGAGCCGCGAUGCCUGGCUUCAUAGGAAAGAAACUGUGUCCAGAGUUAAUUAUUGUGAAAGCCAAUUUCAAACAGUACACAUCAGUGAGCAACCAGGUUCGAGAGGUGAUGGCGCUGUAUGACCCCAACUUCUGUCCCAUGAGUUUGGACGAGGCCUACCUCGACUUCUCUGGUCACCUCGAGAAAAGAGAAAACAUGUCUGACGGUGACAGAACGGUUAGAUGUCGCAUGUGUGACACCUCAGACACAAACGUCUGCCUUUGUGAUUUGAAUUUUUACAAAGAUGCUGAUCUUGCCAGUGGUGAAAAUGUUUUAUUACAAUCACAAAGACAAGAGGAUUUAUGCGAUGGGGAGACAACUCUGAAUUCUCAGCCUGCUGAGAGGGAGAUAACUCCUGUACAUAAUAGGCUGGAGGGGAAGAGCUGUCUGCAGUGUGGAAAUCCUUGCCCGCCGUUUGAGGAGAAAGUCUUUGACAGAUCUGUAGAGGGCGCUGUCUGUGAGAUGAGGUGUCGAAUUGAACAAAGAACUCGACUUACAGCCAGUGCAGGUAUUGCUUCCAACAUGAUGCUGGCUAAAGUGUGCUCUGACAAGAACAAGCCGAAUGGACAGUACAGAAUACAGCCUACGAGAGAGAGUAUUAUGAAAUUUAUCAAAGACUUACCCAUCAGAAAGAUUCCCGGAAUUGGUAAAGUGUCUGAGAAGAUGCUGAAUGGUGUCGGCGUGGUGACCUGUGAGGACCUGUUCCACAAGAGGGCGUUACUCUACCACCUGUACUCCCCCAUUUCCUUCCACUACUUCAUGAGGAUCUGUCUGGGAAUGGGUUCAACAGUUGUUGAUAGAGAUGGAGAAAGAAAAAGUAUGAGCACAGAAAGAACAUUUGUAGAAAUCAACCAGACUGCAGACCAUUAUAAGAAGUGCAGUGAACUCUGUCAGUCGUUGGCUAGUGAUCUACAAGCGGCAGAACUAAAGGGUCGUACUGUCACCCUGAAGCUGAAAACAGUGAAGUUUGAAGUGAAGACGCGGGCUGUAACUUUACCUCAAUACACCUCGGAUUUCCACGCUAUAUAUGCAGCAGCAAGCGAACUUCUUAAAACUGAAAUCCAGAAUGUGGCUCCACACAAACUUCAGCUUAGACUUAUGGGUGUGCGCAUGUCAAAUCUUGUACAGCAACGACUGAGUCAGUCUGUAAAACAGGACACAAUCACUGGCAUGUUCAAGAAAAUGGUGUCCAAGCCACUUUCUGUCAACAAGAGUGAUCACGGGACAACUCUAUCUGACAAGUGGGAAGAUGCAUCUGAUUUUGUUUCAGAGUCUACAUGGACACUGAAAGAAAAUAUCCACACAUCAACACGUGUGUUAACUGAUAUUACAACCAAUAAAACACUUACUGCUGAAUGCUUCCAAGCAGACACAUCAGGUGUUGGCAGUGAACGUGAUAGUAAUCUGUCUGAUGGUCUGAGCAUGAAGACAGCAACAUGCAAACAUUUAUUUAACAGCAAACAUCAUUCUGCACCGAAAAACGAGAUAACUACAUGUAGUGCGUCACAAGAAAGUGUUGCUGAAACUGUACAAAAAGAUGAUGAUCGUUGUUUACAAGAAAGUGUUGAUGAUACUUUACAGGAAAGUGUUGAUGAUACUUUACAAGAAGGUGUUGCUGAUACUUUACAAGAAAGUGUUGCUGAUACUUUACAGGAAAGUGUUGAUGAUACUUUACAGGAAAGUGUUGAUGAUACAUUACAGGAAAGUGUUGAUGAUACUUUACAAGGUGUUGAUGAUACUUUACAAAAAGAUGAUGGUCGUAGUUUACAAGAAAGUAUUGCUGAUAUUUCACAAGAUAAGACUCUGAGUAUGGAGAAGUACGAGUGUCCUGUUUGCUGUCAGUCAGUGGUCUGUAAGAACCUCAAUUAUUUCAAUGACCAUGUCGACAUUUGUUUAUUUAAGCAGAUCACUGCAACAAGCAACAGCCAAGCUAUUUUAGAGUCCUGUACUGCAAAUCGGGGUGAUGAUGAGAAUGGCAAAAGUGACUCUGCAGAUGAUGCUGAAAAUGGGAUUAUUGUAGAAGAUAUCGACAGUAUCACUGUUUCAUCAGAGAAAAGAAACAGUAACAGCAGUAUUGUUUGUUCAGCUGCAGGAAACAGUGGUGAACAUAAAAGUAGCUGCAUGAAGACCAUGACCUCUGUUUUAUCUAUGAAAGACAGCAGUGAAAGUAAAAGAGUUAUUCCAUCUAACACACCUCAUGUUGAAAACCACUCCAUAGGUACAGCUAAGCCAGGCAUUAGUGAUUGUAAGACCAAUCAAAGUCCAGCUGCAGAUGAAAUUGUUGUGGUACCGGAACAGAGCACUCUUGCCAAAUGUGAUAACAAGAGAAGAUAUUCAUGUCCUAGUGAAUGGGAAGGUAACACUGGUAGUGGUAUAGUUUUCGAACUGGGCGACCAACAGUUAAAGGGUUGUGAUGAAGAUGAUGUGGUGUCUUUCUUUGUGUGUCCGGUGUGUAAUGCUGAGAAACACGACUGGAACAUCGUGGCUUUCAACCAGCACGUGGAUGCGUGUCUGAGUGGGACAACAAUCAAGGAGAUUCUGCAGGAGCAGGAGCAGAACCACAGGAAAAGCAAAAGAAGUUCCAGUGAUGUCCACUCCGGGAGUUCGGCUAAGAAAGGAAGACGAGUCAGUUCUAAAAAUACUCGAAACAUCAAAACGUAUUUUACUGCUUGAGUGUCAAAGUUAACAGUUUUAUUUUCCGUCGGCAGCAGGAAAACCAAGUAAUCAAUUUGUACUCUUCCACCUGGCAAGUUUUAGGAGAGCAGCGAAUCAAUCAUCUUGCAUUAAACUUGUAAAUAUCAUACAUUUGUGGCACUAAAGUCUGCACACCUGAGCAUUUGUUUAAGUUAAAAUCUUUCUUUAAAAAUAUUUGUUUCACUGCCAGAGUACAGUGGAACAAUAAAUGUGUUGCUACUUAAAGUUAAAACUUAUUAUUAUUUUUUUUUUAAACUAAAGUACCGGGUAAUGAGCACUUUUUUAGU